CCGGCAGCCGUAUUAGUUGACACUUGACAUUCGAGCGAGGAUCGCGUUUGACCCGCUAUCGCAGUUACCCCGCGUUGUGACUAGUUGAGUGCUCGUGUCAGUCCGGUCGUGACCUCUGACCGCCACGGACGUGGCUGCUAGUGCACCGAGGACUACUUGUGACCCCACCCAGCCACCAUGGACUACCAGCUCGUGGAGAGCAUGCUGAACAACAUAGCGCGUCUGACAGGCGGCGGCCCCGUGAGCGGCGUGGGUGUUGGUGUGGGUGUCGGAGUGGGUGGAGUGCCAGGCGCGCUCUACCCCCAGAACAUGAUGAUGGGCUCGUGGUGCGCUCCCUACGAGCUGCAGCGCACGUCCAACUACGAUGGCGUGCUGGAGCCUGCGGAGGAGGGUCGUGAGUGCGUCAACUGCGGUGCUAACAACACGCCGCUGUGGCGCCGCGACUCCACCGGCCACUACCUGUGCAACGCCUGCGGCCUCUACCACAAGAUCAACGGCGUCAACCGGCCGCUCGUGAAGCCCAGCAAGCGGCUGUCGGCAGCGCGGCGGCAUGGCCAAUGCUGCACCAACUGCGGGUCGCGCAACACCACGCUGUGGCGACGGAACAACGACGGCGAGCCCGUGUGCAACGCCUGCGGCCUGUACUACAAGCUGCACGGGAUCAACAGACCGUUGGCAAUGAGAAAAGACGGCAUCCAGACCCGCAAGAGGAAGCCCAAAAAAUCAGCGAGUGGCGCCAAGCCCGCCGGAGACGCUCACAAGAAGGACGGCCGGGGCUCUCCCGCCAUGGACGUUGCAGAAAACAAAGCAAACAUAGCAGAAGUUCCUCUCCCGCUGACGGCUGCGAUGGCCGCUCACGCGCAUCCCAACUCUAAGACGCGCGCCGAGUCGGCGGGCGCCAGUAGCGUGUCGCCGCACCCACACCCGCACGGGUCGCAAGUGCACGGGCACGGACACGGGCACGGGCCGGCGCCGCAGUACCCGCUCGCGAUCCCCUCCAGCACGGCGCCGGCGUUCCUCUCGACGCCGUCGCUGUUCAACAUCAAGAGCGAACCCAGUCCGGGCGGCGGCUAUGACGCGUACUCCUCGCACGCGGCGCACGGCUCGCACGCCGGCUACCACUCACAGCAGCACUACCUGCACGCCCUACAGUACGGUCUCGGGAACGUCGAGGAAGAAGAGGGCAGCGGGUUCCUCCACCAGCGCAAUGUGACCGCUCACGCGAAACUCAUGGCCUCCACGUAGCGAACGAGAGGUGUGACCUGCAUACGUAACGAUGUUCAGCAUCGAGGAUGGGCGCGCUGUACUCCGCGGCCGGUUGCUGCCGUCACGGCUGUGGUCUAUAACACAGAUCCUGGCAAGGGCAGGCGGAGGUGUCCCACGACCUAACGUUGUCUUCUCACUGGUCAAACAGCACUAUAUCUUCGCGAACUAGCCAUUAAUUAAUAAGUACUUGUUCAAAGGCGCUAAGUCUUACAUUAGGUUAAUAGUUCUAGAAGUUUAUUUCUUGUUGAUGAGUACAGAGCAUUAUAAUAAAAGGAACCCACUUUUAACUUAUAAUCAUAGAUAGUGUUGGAGCUCGAAAUGUCCUCCGACUAUUGCGAAGAAUGAGGUGGUUGUUGCGCCUUUCAUGAUGGAUACAGAUUAACAAUUGUAUUGCAGAGCAUUUCACAGUAGUCAUGGGUCCCUAGUAUUAUAUUAUUUGUGUGUGUAUAUUGUGUAUUUAAGUAAGUAUUACCAACUACAACGCUGGUGCGACAGUGAAUGUGACUGAAUAGUUCUUGUUAGGUUUAACAUAAUCUGUAAUUAAUUCAGAUUAACAUUUUAGUUCAACAGGCCUAAAACCAACGUGAUAAGAAAUUUCACUAAAUGUUAAAAAAGUGUGAUAAUUACCUAUACAAUAACUAGUAGCAGAUGUAGCUUAUCUUUGACAUUCUGCAAGCUAAACAAGAUGUAGAUUAACGGCCGUUUUCAAUAACCUAUCUAUACUUAGUUUAACUUACUAUUGGUAGACAAAUCUAUCCUUUUACGCUUACUUACAUUUCAAUAACCUAUUGACAGAUAGCAUUGGACAUACCUAUGGAUAGAUAUUAAGAUGUUGUCAUUAAACUGUGACAGCAAUGUAUCCGUAAGUUAAACUAAGGAUAGAUAGGUUAAUGAAAACGGCCGUAAUACAACUUCAUAUUAGUAUAUUACUUACAACACAAACCUAUUUCAAAUAUUUUCUAAAAAUAGGUACCUACAGGUCGAAUAGACUACAUAGGUAGGUACCUACAUAAAACAAUAACAGUUUUAUUUAUACAUAUGAUUCAUUUUCUGCUUUUGAUUCACAAUGUAUUAUUUUGUUAUUAUUUUGUAAGUAUGAUAUAGAUAAGGUUUACUAUAUUGUGUUAUUUUCAUAAUAUAGCUGUAGGUAUAAAGGUACAUAUUAUGCAAUGUACCCACCUACAAACUGAUUAAGUUCCUUUGCUGUUAACAAUUAAUGUCAACUCCUAGUCUAUAGAUACAUACCUAAACUUACCUGCCUAGGUAGUGGCCAGGUUUGGCUACAUGCUGUUUCAAUAGGAGUUGGUAUGGCACUGGCCACAGGCACACCUCCACAGCCUGACGAGACACUUGCAGGCAAUGUUAAAUUUAAAAUAACCUCUUGAUAAAAUCAUAUACCUACAUGUUUCAAAGCUCCAUCAAAAUAUCUUGAAUACUUUAGACUAUAAUCUAUACAUAAACAAUAACUUGAUAUUCUCAAAAUAAGUGUAAGAAAUGAAAAAUUGUAAGCAUAGGAUUGGUCUACUGCGGCAAAAUACUGUAGGUAUGUAUUUAUUAUAUACUGAACAUUAUUUUUCUUAAACUUUAUUAUUUUUAAACGUACUUAGUGACUUAAAUUUGAAACACCAGCUCUAAAGUUAUUACUAGUUGUUACUCACAAUUAAUACUUAUCUAUAAUAUAAAAAUUUUAAGUAAGUAAAUUUUUUUUCCGAAGAUUCUUUUCGCCUUUUUUGUUUCUUUUUUUUUAUUACAAGAGUAAACAAGGUUGUUUCGCAAUUCCUGUCUUCUUAUUUGUGUGUUGGCUCGCCCCAAUUGUACUCUGAGCUUUUCUUAAUUUUCUCUGCUUGAAUUAUUUUUUAAACUCAUGUAUUAGACAUUUCUCUUUAACAUAAUUUUCGUCUAUACAGUAUAACUUCAAGGUUAAUUUUGAAAGGCUUUUAAUUUUACUUUUAUUAAAUGUAUUCACGUAACUAACAAAAAUGUUGUUACGUACUGAUUUUCACACAAAUCCAUUUAAAAAACAGCAGAUCAAAAAGCGCUCAUAAUAUAGCUAGAUACCUUUGCCUGUUUUAAAAUUUAAGAGAUGCUUUCACUAUGUAUCCUGAAAGUAAAAAAAUACUUAGGGAGUAAAUGGUAUCAUUUCAUUUUAUGGUAUUUACCUAGUUAUUUCUGUAUUAUAAAACCUCACAAAAACAGCAACAGUAAAACACAAUAUAACAUAAUAUAAUAAUGUAGAUAUUUUAUGAGAUAUAAACAUAGUUAGCAACUUGGGUGGCAAUCUGAUUUUUAUAGGAAGACAUUGUUUUAAAAAGUAUAAUAUGUUGGUAGUAAAGAAGAUGCUUAUAUAUUUCUUCAUUACUAUUUUAAGACAAAUAAGUAUUUUUCCUUUAGUUUUUUUUUUUUGUCUGAUUUAAUAAUCAAUCACAUAAUAAUUAUUUACUAGUUUAAUUGUUCAAGGCACACUUUGUUCCUAUGUACACUUAUUUUGAGAAAUACUCAACUAUUAUGAACAAACAUUUAAUAGGUUUAUUAAUUUACAAAUUUCAUGGACGUGAACAUGUCUUCACUAAUAUGUUAAGUAUGAGUCUUCUUUAUUGAAAUAAAAUGUAUCAACAAUGUAAUAUUUUAAUGUUUAAAACAUCUGAUAUCCAUAACAAGAACCAUUUUAUUGUGAACAGGAUUUAUAAUGAUUUUGGAGCCUGGGGAUGUAAGUGAUGAUUGACUAUAUCGUAUCUUAACUGUUAUGUUAAAAAUUAAAAAGUACAAUCUUAACUAGCUGACUAAUUGUUUUAAACACUUAAUAAAUUAAAAGUCAGUAUAGGCAUACCAAUAUUAUAUAUUGUUGUAUCCACACUGGUUCAGGAAUUAUUACAUAAUAGUCAUAUAAAUCUAAACCAUUAAGUUAUUUAGAUGGCAUUUAUAAUUACAUGUAAGAAAUGGCUUCAUCCUGACUCCAAUAAAUAACUUUACUGUGACAGUGAAUAGUAAAAAACAUAAAGAAUGAUCUACUAGUGAGUAGUAAGUAGAUCAAGACACAUACAAUAAUAAUUAGAACCCACAUGGAAUUUACAAAUGUAUAUAUAUUAUAAUAAAUCUCUCCAAAUUUAUAAUAUAAAAUGUAUUGGUUGUAUUGUACAAAAUAUUAUAUUGAAAUAUAAUUAUAUGACAGCACAAGAUGAAA